AUGCCGGUGUCCCACCCAGAGACUGUGAUUCCACGGGCCCGGCGUGUGCACGGGCUUUGCAUUUCUGAAACAUCUCCCAGUGAUCCUAACGUGCAGCCAAGUUCAGGAUCCACUGUCCUAGGGCUCACCAAGGGAGCACCCAGAGGGCAGGCCCGGAAACACAUCCACAGGGGACAACCCGACGUGGUCAGAGACCAGCCUAAUCACGCUGGUGUCCACGCUGUCGCAUCUCUCCCGCAGGAAGAACCCCGAGGCGUAGGGCGCCUGGAGGGCACCUUCCGCUUCUCGCCCAAGGAGGGAGGGGCCGGACGGCGAGGGCGCCUCCGAGCAUGCGCGGCCAGGCGACAGGGGUACGGGGGCGGGGCCGCCUUCGCGCAGGGCGGCUCCCGGAAGUGUCAGGCCGCCCUGGAGCCGCCGGCCUCGGUCGCCGCGGCCGUGUCGUCCCUGACCAUCGCCGACGCCUUCACUGAGGCCGGCGAGGGCCCAGCUCUGCCCCCGGCGGCCCCCGGGCUCCCGCGGAGGUUCAUCUGCUCCUUCCCGGACUGCAGCGCCAACUACAACAAGGCCUGGAAGCUAGACGCGCACCUGUGCAAGCACACCGGGGAGAGGCCGUUUGUCUGUGACUAUGGAGGGUGUGGCAAAGCCUUCAUCAGGGAGUACCAUCUGAGCCGCCACUUCCUCACCCACACUGGGGAGAAGCCAUUUGUUUGUGAAGCUAGUGGCUGUGAUCAAAAAUUCAACACAAAAUCAAACUUGAAGAAACAUUUUGAGCGCAAACAUGAAAACCAGCAAAAACAGUAUGUAUGUGAUUUUGAAGGUUGUAAGAAGACCUUUAAGAAACAUCAGCAGCUGAAAACCCACCAGUGCCAGCACACCAAUGAGCCGCUCUUCAAGUGUAACCAUGAGGGAUGCGGAAGACCCUUUGCGUCACCCAGCAGGCUGAAGCGACACGAGAAGGUACACGAGGGCUAUGUAUGUCAAAAGGGAUGUUCCUUUGUGGCAAAAACAUGGACGGAGCUUCUGAAACAUGUGAGAGAAGCCCAUAAAGAGGAAACAACUUGUGAAGUAUGCCAGAAAACAUUCAAACGCAAAGAUUAUCUGAAACAACAUAUGAAAACUCACGCCCCAGAAAGAGAUGUGUGUCGCUGUCCCAGGGAAGGCUGUGGUCGGACCUACACGACUGUGUUCAACCUCCAGAGCCACAUUCUCUCCUUCCAUGAGGAAGAGCGCCCAUUUACGUGUGAACACGCUGGCUGUGGCAGAAGGUUUGCAAUGAGACAAAGUCUCAUUAGGCAUGCUAUUGUACAUGAUCCUGACAAGAAGAAAAUGAAGAUCAAAGUAAAAGCAGCCCGUGAAAAACGGAGUUUGGCCUCUCAUCUCAGUGGAUAUAUCCCUCCUAAAAAGAAAUCAGAACAAGGCUUAUCCUUGCCAAAAAAUGGAGAGCCACUGAACUGUACUGAAGAAAACAUGCUCUCGACAGUUGCAGUACUUACCCUCAGCUGAGUAUCAGGCUGCUUUGUUUAGAGGACUACAGAUCAGUGAGCUCAUUUUCUCUCAGAAGCACAUUUUUCUUUAUUAAAAUUACGGCUGUAGAACAA